AUGGUCCGAAUUUUAUGGUCGAUUUUGAUGAUUUGCGAGGCAGCUUCGGCAAUGUCUGAAGAAGCUCCUGUUCAAUAUAAAAUUGCUGACUACAUACUCUCGAAAUACAAGAAAGGACUGAUACCGAUGUCGAAGUCGCGCGAGCCGAUACGGGUUGCAUUUUCGAUUCAGUUAUAUCAAAUAAUUGAAGUGAAUGAACCGCAGCAAUAUUUGAUGUUGAAUGCUUGGAUCGUCGAGAGAUGGACAGAUCAUCUAAUUGGAUGGGAUCCUGAGCAAUUCGGGAAUGUCACUGAGAUCAUGCUUCCUCAUGACAACAUUUGGAUUCCCGACACCACUUUAUAUAACUCGCUCAUAAUGAAGGAUGAUGAGAAUCGGAGGCUCCUUCAUGCCAAAAUCACAACAUUCGGCGUCAAUCGGGGAGCUUAUGUCGAAUUGUUGUACCCGACAAUUUACAAAUUGUCCUGCCUUCUCAAUCUACGAUUUUUCCCAUUCGAUUUGCAGUCGUGUCGUCUGGUGUUUGGAAGUUGGACAUUCGACAACACCAAAAUUGACUAUAUCGUUCAUGAUAAAGCUCAAGCGAUCGGAACAAAAAAUUGCAUUGAGAAUGAGGGUUGGAAUGUCCUUUCGACGCAUGCUAUUCGACAAGAGAAUAAAUACGACUGUUGCCCGAACAACUACACUCUGUUGGAAUUCCAUCUCUCAAUUCAACGAAAGCCAUUCACAUCAUCGAUAAACGAGCCGAGGGAAGAGAAAAUUACUUUGGGGAUUACCACUCUACUCUCGAUGUCAAUCUUGAUUUUUAUGGUUUCCGAUAAAAUGCCAUCGACGUCUUCGUUUAUUCCCUUAAUUGGUCUUUUUUACACUUCGAUGAUAUUAUUGAUAUCAAUUUCGACAAUAUGCUCUUCAAUUGUGAUUUAUGUGCAGAAGCAAGGCAAUAUUGGCAAUCCGCCAUCAAGAAAAUUAAUGAAUAUUGCACGAGAUGUAAACCGGUUUAUUCGGAUGGAAAUGCCGUUGAUAAUGAAACAAGCUUAUGCUCAGAAAGCUAGGGAAGAAAAAUUGAGAAGGCAGCAGGAAGGAAGGAAGCAGAGCAUAUGGGCGAGGGUCUACAAAUUAGCGAGAGAUCAGGCGAAUCGAAAAAAUUCAAACAAGUUGAAUGGAAUCUUGUCUCCUGAAAAGUUGUUGGAUCCGAUCAACAAGAAAUUCGCGAUCAACAAGGAUCCGACUUGUAUUAGCGAUUCUGGAAUUGCUGGAAUGUCAUGCGGCAAUCUUGGCGUCGCAUUGGCUUCUGAAGACGACGAAGCGGAUAUUUCAUUGAUCGAAAGCGAUCCUCCACCUCCGCCGGUUCGGCCGACUCGAAUCCACAAAGCUUCAACUUGCGCUAGUUUCGAUAGUAUGAUUUUACGGCAAAUCGACGUUCCGAUCUCGCCGCGAUCCGCUCGAAAUUUUGCGGAGAUCGAGUAUGAUUGGUUGGCAGCACUCCUCGAACGAAUAUUCCUUAUCACAUUUAUGAUUAUUUUCGCGUUCACCUCGAUCGGUAUCAAUCUCAUAGGCUUCUUUUACUGGUACGUAGCAAAAGAUACGGUAGUUGUAUAA